CAACAAGAAAACACAAACAUACGCAAUCGUUUUGGUGCACAAAAAUCAGAUUUCGUUCACAAAUGUUUUAUCUUAUCAGUUAGUGAAUCAGUGCUAGCUGUAAACUAUUCUAAAAAUCAUCCCUAAAUAUCAGUGCUCUACAUUACUUGAUGGCAAUGUUUGCAUGCUUUGAGGCAUCCGUGCGUGUGCGCGCGUAACCGGUUGGAAUAGUACUUGUGGGUGAAGGGGAGAAGGAGGGAGAUACGGUGACUAAUUUUGACAUAAUCGUCCUUGCGAAGUUCGUCCGUGCAUGUGCAUUUUAGCGGACGGUGAAUGUAACAUUGCACCAUAUAUAUAUUAGGGCAGAUCGACGUUGGAACGAUCAGCAGAAUCAGAAACACAGUGAAAACAGCACCAGUUAUAUUGGCCAACAUGACCAAUGAAAAUGAUGAUCUCUCCAUCACGAGCUGCGAUCGAUGCCCGCGUAUGGUUGCAUUUGGCAAUAUUCUGCUGGACAUCAGUGUAGAACUGAAGGAUGGAAAAAUUCUACAUGAUUUUGAUCUGAAACCCGACGAUCAAAGGGAAGUUCCUGCAGACAAACUGGCUGCCCUUGUCUCCGUUGCCGUAGAAACGUGCGGAAAUCCAAUCUAUAACCCGGGUGGAUCGGCACUUAAUACGUGCCGCAUUUUACGUGCAUUGGGAGAGAAAAACAUAAUCUUUUGCGGAGCGGUCGGUGUGGACGAAAAUGGUCAAAUAUUGCAGCAAAUUUUGAAGGAUUGCGCCCUCAACACAUGUAUACAAACAUUGCCCGAUGAAAUGACCGGAACGUGCAUGUGUCUCAUUAGUGGCGACAAACGAAGUCUUAAUGCAAAUAUUGGUGCGUCAUUACAUUUCAAGAAGGAGUUUGUAAGUUCACGCUGGUGCCAGUCGAAGAUAGGAGUGUGCAAAUCAGCUGCCCACACCAACAUCGAUGAGGAUGUGCGAAUAUUUUACAUCGAAGGUUAUUUUGUGCCGGAAAAGUUUCACAUCUGCACGUACAUCUACGAGCAGUACUGCAAAGGUACGGCCAACCUGCUGGUAACGAAUCUGAAUGCAUCGUACAUACUGCAAGAAUUUACCACAGAGAUGCGUUUCCUCGUGGAGCAUGCCGAUUUGGUGUUUGGAAAUUUGGCCGAAUUCAUUGCACUAGCACAGAUUUACAACUGUGAUGAUGUUGACGCACUCGCACGACUGUUGAUAAAACCGUAUCGAAAGCAUAAUCGCAACAAAAUUCUCAUCGCUACCGACGGUUGUCGAAGUGUUCGGUUAUACUACGGUGCGGGGUCAAAGUUUGUGGCGGAAUGCUACCCUGUGCCAGUGAUUCAGGGCAACCUUGUCAUCGACACAACUGGAGCCGGGGAUUCGUUUGUGGCCGGGUUUCUGUACAAAUUCAUGAACGACGAAAGUCCUACAUUGGUAGACUGCAUUCGAUACGGGUGUAAAGUGGCUGGGAAGGUUAUACGACAGGUCGGAUGUAACUUGCCCUCCAGCGUACCGUCAUCGCCAUCAAUUGCCCCGUCUGCAAAGGAGGGAAUGAUUCCUUGAGAAGGUGUGUGCUCUCAUUGUACACACGAAGCAUAUUACUAAAGCUGCAUCAUCCUUCAGGAGUAUGUUCCUUUGCCGUUGUUUUUGCUACUUAAUAGUUUUGUGUAGGUGCUUGCUGCGUGGUGAUCUUGCUAAUACUGCAUUAGUCUGGUUAAGGGUCUAUGUUACAAAAAGUUGUUAAUCGUCAAUAUUUAUAAAUGCACUUUAUGUACCUAAAAUCGAUGAAAGGUCAUUAGCACGAAAGAAAUGACUGAUUGUUUGGUAAUACAUGUAAGUAUACCAAAGAUCACAAAUCA